CUUCUAUUUUGUUAUUCAGGUUAUCUCAUAGAUCAUAAUGAAGGAGAUGCUGCUGCUGAGUUCCAGUUCCUUCCCAUGCUGUGAGUGUUACAAUGUUGAGUACUUGAAACAGUAAAAGAUGGAGAUUGGCAGUUUAAAGCUCCAGUAUGGAGUCGAAGGAGAUAAGGAAAAGCCAGGACACUGCAUACCUAGCGGAUGUGCUUUAGCAUGUAUGGUGAAUUCAGAAAUUGGUGCUGUGCUGGCUGUUGUGAGGAGAAAUGUAAGAUGGGGGGGCCGGUAUAUGGCUGAUGAUGAUCAGUUAGAGCAUUCUUUAGUGCAAUCUCUGAAGAUCUUACGGAAGCAAAUAUUUUCGUGGGACAAUCAGUGGCAUACAGUCAGUCCAUCCAUUUACCUACAGCCUUUCUUGGAUGUGAUCCGAUCAGAUGAAAUUGGUGCCCCUAUAACGGGAGUUGCACUUUCAUCUGUAUACAAAAUACUAACCCUUGGCAUCCUUGAUCCGAACACUGUAAAUGUAGGAGAAGCAAUGCAUUUGAUAGUCGAUGCUGUGACCGGUUGCAGAUUUGAGGUCACAGACCCUGCAUCAGAAGAGGUUGUGCUUAUGAAGAUUCUUCAAGUUCUUCUGGCAUGUAUGAAAUGUAAAGCAUCCAUUUUGUUAAACAACCAACAAGUGUGCACCAUAGUCUACACAUGUUUCCGCAUUGUUCAUCAAGCAGGAACAAAAGGUGAGUUGCUGCAGCGGAUAGCUCGUACCACAAUGCAUGAACUUAUAAGGUGUAUUUUUUCACGCUUGCCAUAUAUACAACAUAUGGAAAAGCCAUCUGAUGGAGGUGGGCCUUCUUCCCAAACUGAGGUAGGUGGAGUUCACAGUGAAUAUACUUUUGGGGUUAAGCAAUCAGCUAGUGCAAAUGGCAGUUUCAAACAUGCUUCAAUCUCUGUAGGUUCAGAGUGGAGCUUGCCAGCUGCAAAUGCUGUCAGUGAUGGUAGCGUUGGCGAGGCUGUAAAUGACACGCAGCAAAUCAUGAGAGAACCAUAUGGUGUUCCUUGUAUGGUGGAGGUUUUCCAUUUUCUGUGUUCUCUACUGAAUAUUGCUGAGCAGAUGGAAAUGAGUCCAAGGUCUAACCAGACAGAAUUCGAUGAGGAUGUCCCACUCUUCGCCUUGGGAUUGAUAAAUUCAGCUAUUGAAUUAGCGGGAUCAGCUAUUGAACGACAUCCAAAGUUAUUGGCUUUGAUACAGGAUGACCUAUUCCAUAACUUGAUGCAGUUUGGCAUGUCGCUUAGCCCGCUAAUUCUGUCUAUGGUCUGUAAUAUCACACUUAACCUAUAUCUUCAUUUGCGUGCUGAACUGAAACUACAGCUUGAGGCCUUCUUCUCAUGUUUGACUUGGAGGCUUACACACAGCAGGCAUGGAAGUGCUUCAUACCAACAGCAUGAAGUUUUAAUGGAGGCUCUUGUUGACUUCUGCAGGCAGAAGACAUUCAUGGCAGAGAUGUAUACCAACUUUGACUGUGACUUAUCCUUCUGUGAUGUGUUUGAAGACCUAGCUAACCUGUUGUCAAAGAGUGCAUUUCCAGUUAACUCACCGUUGUCUUCAAUGCAUAUUCUUGCUUUGGAAGGUUUGCUUGCUGUUGUUCAGGGACUAGCUGCAAGAACUUGCAAUGCCUUACCCGUAAAAGAUCAGACCUUAUUAGGUCUUGCUGACUAUACUCCAUUCUGGACUGUGAAGUGCGAGAACUAUACAGAUCCUAACUGCUGGGUUGAAUUUGUUCGUCAAAGGAAGCACUUGAAGAGAGUGCUAAUGACCAGCGCUGAUCACUUCAACAGGGACACAAAGAAAGGGCUGGAAUUCCUUCAAGGAAUGCAUCUUUUGCCUGAUAAGCUUGAUCCAUCAAGUGUGGCUUGCUUUCUCAGAUACACACCUGGAUUGGAUAAGAAUGUAGUUGGUGACCUGUUGGGAAGUCAUGAUGAAUUUUGGGUGCAGGUGCUCCAUGAAUUUGCUCGGACUUUUGAUUUCCAAGAUAGGAGUUUGGAUACUGCCUUGCGUCUGUUCUUGGAAUCUUUUAGACUACCCGGAGAAUCCCAGAAAAUACAGCGGGUACUUGAGGCGUUCUCAGAGAGAUACUAUGAGCAAUCACCACAGAUUCUUGCUAACAAGGAUGCUGCUCUGUUAUUGUCUUAUUCAAUCAUAAUGCUAAACACAGAUCGACACAAUGUGCAAGUCAAAAAGAAGAUGACAGAAGAGGAUUUUAUUCGGAAUAAUCGGCGCAUCAACGGUGGGAAUGACCUUCCACGUGAAUUCCUAUCAGACCUGUACCAUUCAAUCUGCAAGAAUGAGAUCCGGAUGACUCCAGAACAAGGGGCUGAUUUUGUCGAAGUGACAUCGAGCCGUUGGAUCAAUCUGUUGCACAAGUCACAGGGUGCUACUCCAUUUAUUACUUAUGACUCCAGACCCUUCCUUGACCAUGACAUGUUUGCUAUCUUGUCUGGGCCAACACUUGCUGCUCUCUCAGUGGUAUAUGAUCAUGCAGAGCAUGAAGAUGUUUACCAAAUGUGCAUUGAUGGCUUCUUGGCUGUUGCAGAGAUAUCAGCAUCCCAUCACUUUGAAGAGGUUUUGGAUGAUCUGGUCGUGUCUCUAUGCAAGUUCACAACCCUUCUAAAUCCUUCCCAACCAGAAGAACUCAUUCUAACCUUUACUGAUGAUGCCAAGGCUAUGAUGGCAACUGUAACAGUUUUCACCAUAGCGAACACAUACGGUGAUAGUAUCCACACUGGUUGGAGAAGCAUCCUGGAGUGCAUUUUAACUUUGCACAAGCUAGGCUUAGUUCCUGCUCUUGUAGGCCAUGACUCCACCGGUGAGAAUGAGCUCUCUUCAGAUUCCAUGCCAGGAAAACCUGUUAAAAGUUCAACAUCAGCAUCUCAUGUGCCUGCAAAGAUUGUGACUACUGCCCAGAGGUCAUCAGGUCUGAUGAGCAGGUUUAGUAGGCUAUUAUCUUUUGAUGCUGAAGAGCCAAUUUUAGAACCUAGCGACGAGGAAGUUGAAGCUCGUCAACGUGCCCAUGAGACUAUCCAGAAGUGCCGGAUUAAUGGUAUUUUCACAGAAAGCAAGUUCUUACAGUCAAAUUCACUGUUGCAUCUUGUGCAGGCCCUUAUCUGGGUGUCAGGUAAAUCCCAGAAAGGGAAAUACCUUUCUCACGAGGAUGAAGACGCUUCUGUUUUCUGCUUGGAAUUGCUGAUUACUGUCACACUGUACAAUCGAGACCGGAUAGUUCUCCUCUGGCCCAGUGUGCAUGAGCAUAUAGCCGGUAUUGUUCAGUCUACUGCUAUGCCUUCUGCCCUUGUUGAAAGGGCUGUCUUCGGACUCCUGCAUAUAUGUCGGCGGCUUCUUCCAUACAAAGAGAACCUGGCUGAUGAUCUCUUAAGGUCAUUGCAACUUGUCCUGAAGCUUGAUGCCCGGGUAGCUGAUGCAUACUGUGAGCACAUAACGCAAGAAGUCACAGACCUUGUCAAAACAAAUGCUGGAUGUAUCAGAUCCCAGAUGGGGUGGCGGACGAUAACAUCCCUCCUUUCAAUUACAGCUCGACAUCCAGAGGCUUCAGAAGUGGGGUUUGAGGCUUUGGCAUUCGUCAUGUAUGAUGGGGCUCACCUUUCUCCAGGUAAUUGCGUACUCUUUAUUGAUGCAUCAAGGCAGUUUGCUGAAUCCCGGGUUGGGCCCUCUGAGAGGUCCAUACAUGCAUUGGAUCUAAUGGCAGGGUCCUUCACAUGUCUCAAAAAGUGGGAAGUAUCUCCUCAGGAAAUUGGGGAGAUUUGGAUGAGAUUGGUGCGAGGACUGAGGAAAGUCUGCUUGGACCGAAGGGAAGAAGUUAGAAAUCAUGCGGUCUUGUCAUUGCAGAGAUGCACAACAGGAUGUGAAGAGUUUUCCAUUCCGCCUCUGAUUUGGAUACAGUGUUUUGAUGAGGUGAUCUUCACAAUGCUAGAUGACAUGCUUGAGGUUACACAGGGGCAAUCAUCAUCAAAGGACUACCGUAACAUGGAAGGAACACUCAUACAUGCUGUAAAGUUAUCAUCCAAGGUGUUCUUGCAGCUUGUGAACGACCUCUCUCCGAUGGAGAGCUUCUCCAGACUGUGGCUAGGCAUUCUCGGACGCAUGGAGAAGUACACCAAGGUCAAGCUCAGAGGAAAGAGGAGUGAGAAGCUCCAGGAACUCAUUCCUGAACUCCUCAAAAACACCUUGCUUGUGAUGAAAACAAAAGGUGUCCUUGUGAAGCCAAACAGUGAUGAUACAGGAAGUGAUUCAUUGUGGGAGCUGACAUGGCCCCUUGUAAGUAACAUCGCUUCUUCUCUGAAGUCUGAAGUGUUCCCAGAUCAGGAACCAGACAACCAGCUAAAAGAGACAGCAAAUCCAGCAUCACCAGAAGAAAGUGGUACAACAGGUUUCAUACAGUCAUAGUAGGUUUCAUAAUGAAAACAGUUUUUUAAUUAAUUUUUUCCCCUUCAUUCAGCUUUGAGGUGUUUUUCACUGAUAUCCAUCGAUGGUUAGACAGAUUCUCGAGAGAAGUUAGGAUGUGGUUACAACCACAAUUAUAUGGGCCUCAGCUCUAUUUCUGUAUUAAGAGGUAGAUGUAGCCCCUCAUUUUUAUGCUCUCAAUUAAUUAUAUUUCCUGUUGAUUCUUU